AUUAUUAUUCAUAUAAGAUUUAUAACUUUUAUAAGUUUUAAACAUACACUUUAUUCACCGUGCUUAAAAGUUACUAUAGUUUCAUGUUUAAUAUAAUAACAAGCUAUUAUAUAACAGACUGAUAUUAAGUCCUAUAUUAAAGACAAAAUUUAAAAUAAUAAUAAUAUGCAAAACAUCAUAAAUAUUUUUAUCUUACCUUUUUUUUAUGUUUGUCUAAUUGGAAGUUCAGUUUAUUGUUUAUGGUAUCUGGACAAAAAAAGGGUCUCGGGUCCGAAUUACCGGCGGGACGUGGAGAAAGCCAGACAGUCCUCCGCCGAAUCGGCGAGAACAAACGCCGCACUCAGAUGGCGACCGACCAAGUUUCCCGAGCCCCACGACCCGGCUGGAAUAUUGAGAUUUGCGCUGUGCAAAAUCGACCACGCCGAACAGUGCGCGGAGGUGGCGAUCGGCGACGGGGCGGACAAUAUCUGCUGCGGAAGCUGCAAAGGGGAGAAGGCAGACAUGCUGGGGUGCGGGAGCUGCAGGGGCGAGGCGGCCGUCUGCAUCGCCGAAGCUCUGUACGUGUUGAGCUCGCGAGAGGCCGAUGUGAUGUUGGCGCACGCUAAGCGCACACUGCCGCCGGAAACAUACAGUCUGGUGUGCGAAAAGUACGUCGAACUCAAGAAAAACGCACGUCGAUGAUUAGCUUAACAGUAUACCCAAUCAAUUAUAAUAAAAAUAUUUAUGUGCAGCGCAGGGUGCCUUUCUUUUCUAAUUAUUAUACUACGCUUACUACUUUUACGCGGUACUGGAGGUUAUCGCCCCAUCACAUACCAUAAUAUGAAUAAGAUAAAUGUAUCGUUUGCAUGAUAUACAUUUAUUUUUAAUUAAAUAUCAUCCAAAGUUA